GCCCGCAGCCGUCAGCUCGACGACGCCACGGGCGCGGGCGGACGCCGCACGCUCUAUCGGCCUAAUUACACACAUAACUCGAUUCCUCUCUCGAAUACAAAUCGAUACCUAUCCGAUUAAUCAAGAAGAAUAACGUGCCAAACGAAUCCUAUGCUCAAAACGAAACAAUUGACAGUUACCACUUAACGUACUGCAGCGCCAAUUACAAUGUAAAAUUUUGAUCUGUGAUUGGUGUUAGUGAAUGGUUGGUGUGUAUUCGUGUAGUAGUAAAUUAAUUGGUGACGAUGUGUACAUAACAGGUGUAGCGUUUUGUGAGUGACAUUAAGUAGUUUUACAGAAUGAGAGGGGCGAACGCAAUAUUCCUUAUUUUAUUCUUCGGCCAUCUAUCCGCCCUGCCCGACACCAUCCGAAUAGGUGGACUUUUCCACCCGGAAGAUGACAAGCAGGAGGUUGCGUUUCGGUACGCAGUGGAGCGAGUGAAUGCGGACAGGGCAGUGCUGCCCAGAGCCAAGCUACUGGCGCAAGUAGAGACCAUCUCGCCACAAGACAGCUUCCACGCUUCCAAACGAGUGUGUCACCUGCUACGAAGUGGCGUGGCGGCCAUCUUUGGGCCCCAGUCUGCGCCAGCUGCCGCCCACGUCCAGUCAAUAUGUGACACUAUGGAACUACCACAUCUGGAGACCAGGUGGGAUUACCGCACCAGAAGAGAAUCCUGCUUGGUCAACCUUUAUCCACACCCAGCUGCACUGAGUCGAGCUUACGUAGAUUUAGUGAGAGCUUGGGGAUGGCGGUCGUUUACAAUAGUUUACGAGAACAGUGACGGCUUAGUUCGUCUUCAAGAGUUGCUCAAAGCGCACGGUCCAUCGGAACUGCCUGUUGCUGUGAGGCAACUGCCAGAUUCUCAUGAUUACAGGCCACUAUUGAAGCAAAUAAAGAAUUCAGCAGAGUCGCAUAUUGUAUUAGAUUGUGCCACGGAGAGGAUACGAGACGUACUUCAACAAGCGCAGCAAAUAGGAAUGAUGUCAGACUAUCAUAGUUAUUUAAUAACGUCCCUGGACCUUCACAGUGUAGAUUUAGAAGAAUUCAAAUACGGUGGCACAAAUAUUACAGCUUUAAGAUUACUUGACCCUGAGCGUGCUGAUGUCCAAAGAGUCGUAAGGGAUUGGGUUUACGAUGAAGCCCGAAAAGGACGUAAACUCCAAUUGGGACAUACGACGGCGAAGGAAAACAUGACCUUUAUAAAGACGGAAACGGCUCUAAUGUACGAUGCAGUACAUCUGUUCGCGAAGGCUCUGCACGAUCUUGAUACGUCACAACAAAUAGACGUGAGGCCUCUCUCCUGCGAAGCUGAAGACACGUGGCCCCAUGGGUACAGCCUCAUCAAUUAUAUGAAAAUCGUCGAAAUGAAAGGCUUAACGGGAGUGAUAAAGUUUGAUCAUCAAGGAUUCAGAAGCGAUUUCACUCUAGAUAUAAUUGAAUUAACGAGGGACGGACUGCAAAAGGCUGGAACUUGGAACUCUUCCGAAGGUGUGAAUUACACGAGAUCUUACGGCGAAAACCAAAAACAGAUAGUGGAAAUACUGCAGAACAAGACGCUCAUCGUAACAACCAUUCUGAGCUCGCCAUAUUGUAUGAGGAGAGAGGCCAGCGAGAAGCUAACGGGCAACGCACAGUUCGAGGGUUACGCCAUUGAUCUAAUUCACGAGAUAUCUAAAAUUCUGGGCUUCAAUUAUACAUUCAAGCUGGCGCCUGACGGUCGAUACGGGUCCUACAACCGUGAGACCAAAGAGUGGGACGGCAUGAUAAGGGAAUUGUUGGAGCAGCGAGCCGACCUCGCCAUCGCUGAUCUAACCAUUACAUACGACAGGGAGCAAGUGGUUGACUUCACAAUGCCGUUCAUGAAUCUCGGCAUUUCCGUGCUUUACCGCAAGCCCAUUAAGCAACCGCCGAACUUGUUCUCGUUCCUAUCGCCGCUCUCCCUCGACGUGUGGAUUUAUAUGGCCACCGCAUAUCUCGGCGUAUCCGUUCUACUCUUUAUAUUGGCAAGGUUCAGCCCGUACGAGUGGGACUCCCCCAGGAACUGCCUAGACGAGCCGCCGGUGCUGGAGAAUCAGUUCACUCUCUUGAACUCGCUGUGGUUCACUAUCGGCUCCUUGAUGCAGCAAGGUUCGGAUAUCGCGCCGAAAGCGGUAUCGACCCGCAUGGUGGCGGGGAUGUGGUGGUUCUUCACUCUGAUCAUGAUAUCCUCGUACACCGCCAACCUCGCCGCGUUCCUCACUGUGGAGCGAAUGGACUCACCAAUUGAAAGUGCUGAAGAUCUCGCCAAACAGACCAAGAUUAAGUACGGCGCGCUAAAGGGAGGCUCCACUGCUGCAUUUUUCAGGGACUCAAACUUCUCAACAUACCAACGAAUGUGGUCUUUCAUGGAAUCUGCUCGGCCGUCAGUAUUUGCGACCAGUAACAAGGAGGGAGAAGAGAGGGUGGUUCGAGGAAAGGGCGCGUAUGCUUACCUCAUGGAAUCAACUACCAUCGAGUACGUUGUAGAGAGGAACUGUGACCUCACGCAAGUUGGAGGCAUGUUGGACUCAAAGGGCUAUGGAAUCGCCAUGCCACCAAACUCGCCAUACCGUACGGCCAUAAGCGGGGCUGUUCUCAAACUGCAGGAGGAAGGAAAAUUGCACAUUCUGAAAACAAAAUGGUGGAAAGAGAAACGUGGCGGAGGGUCUUGUAGGGACGAGACUUCGAAAUCGUCAUCAACAGCGAACGAGCUAGGGUUGGCAAACGUCGGCGGAGUGUUCGUCGUACUAAUGGGUGGGAUGGGCGUUGCGUGCGUCAUCGCCGUCUGCGAAUUCGUCUGGAAGUCGCGUAAAGUUGCCGUUGACGAACGAGCAUCACUAUGUUCGGAAAUGGCGUCGGAGCUGCGGUCGGCGCUGAAGUGCCCGGGCGGCGGCGCUGGCGGCGGCGGCGGCGGGCCGGGCGGCGCUCGUGACGGCGCGGGCUCGCCCUACCUGCACUACGGGUUCAGUACCAAGAGCCAGCUGCACUAGCGGCCGGAGCCCGCCGCCUCGCCCCCCAGCGACGUGUAGGCACCGCGCGGCGGACGCUCCAAUAAACCCUCGCUGCUCCCGACACGACUCCACUGAACCCAUAGCCCGCUGUGAAUGUUCAAACUAGUUGGAUUCGUUUCAACACGAUGCGUAGAUGUUUACGAUAUAUUAUUGUAAAUAAAUUCAUAUCUAAUUUGUAUAGGCUAAGUACUGUUGUAACUUAAGCGACCGAUGUUAUAAUUUUUUUAUAUUGUUUUUAAAAUAAAUAAUUGUUUGUAGUACAACCUCUUGCCAAAGAUACACGUGCCAAAUUUUGGAAUAUUCUUGUUCACGCGUGUAAUUAAUAUACACACAGCGGCACGUCUGGUCAAAAUAAUUUAUUAUUCAUGUUUAACUUGAUAUCGAUUGGAGAUAUUAUGUGUAACAAAAUCAGUAGAUAUCUUAUAUCGAUGUUUUAUAUCUUUGAAUCGAUUAGAAUAAAGUGACAUUUCAUUAAAAUAGAAUGAGAGAAUGUUAAUAUUUCCAGUUAAAUUAAUUGUAAAUACGAUUCGAUACAGUGGUACUGCCAAAGUAGGUUUAAUAAUUAGAAAAAUUUACAACGGAUAAGUAAGUCUCAUAAUUUGUUUAUUGCUACGAGUAUGACGACGGGAAACACAAAUUCACUCCCGUGGAAAAUUUAAAUGAUAAUAAUUAUACAUUUAAUGCAUGUAAACUUAGAAUAACGAUGCAAAUUGGAAUAACGAUGAAAAUUAACGAACCGAUCACAUGCGGGGCAUUAUCACUCGGUGUCGGAUGAUACUCUAUGUGAUACUGUGUACUGUGUAGGUUUGAUACUUGUAAAUGGUAUCUGAUACGAUCGGUUGGCUCAACAUGUGCCAAAUAUCCUGUUCACUGUCUGUACUAUAUUUUGUAAGUUUACAUUGCCGAGUUUAAAUAAAUAAAUUGUUUAAUUAA